CUAAAAUAUCUACCAAUAAGCGUUUAAAUAAUUAAUUUCCGUGAUUCUCGUCCUUUCUCUUAUUUUUCCUCACAACAACCACGGACUUAAAUAUUUAAAUAUUUAGUUCUUUAGGGCUGGCCCAGACUGGGAGGGAAUGAAUCAUCACCACUUCCAAACUGCGAAACAACAACAGCUCUCGAACUUCACCAUCAGCAAAGCUAUCCGCAUCUAUCCACGUAUUUAUCAUAGACAGUGACAUUAUAUUUGCUCCGUCCCCAUCGAGGAUGAUAACCUGAACCCCUACAGUCGCCGGUGUUAUGAACCCCUCGCGCUCAUCUCUCUCCGCUCACUCUCUCCGCUCUUCUCAGCGCCGCUUCUCAAUCCAUCCGCCGAAUAUCAAUUCCCCCACCGAUACCAUACCACAACAUGCACAUACACCCACUACAGAAACCCCGCGGGAGGGCGGUGCCCACACUAUUCCUUCGCCUCUAAGAGACGAAAUCUACGAGAUCAACGAGAUCAAACGCUACGAAGACUUCACCACCAUCGACUGGGUGCAGGACGCCGUGCACGAGCAGGCACGACGACGGGCCAAGCGCAUAGAUGCAUCGCGAUUCUGGGACCAAGAGGGGACGCUGGGAUGGAGGAGGAAAGUUAGGGAAUCGUACGAUGCCGGCCAGGCGUGGUUGGUUAUCACGAUUGUCGGGGCUGCGAUUGGGUUCAAUGCGGCCUUCCUCAAUAUCGUGACGGAGUGGCUGGCAGAUAUCAAGUUGGGAUAUUGCACGACGGGAUUUUAUUUGAAUGAGUCGUUUUGCUGUUGGGGUGCCGAUGAUGGAUGUCCGGAAUGGCGGGCGUGGACCCCGAUAGCGCCAUUAAACUACAUCGCAUACUUUAUCUUCGCGGUGCUCUUUGCGUUCUCAUCUGCCGUCCUCGUCAACUCAUUUGCGCCAUAUGCUGCGGGCUCUGGCAUAUCGGAAAUCAAAGUUAUUAUUGCUGGUUUUAUCAUGAAAGGUUUCCUUGGUGCUAGGACCUUGAUCAUAAAAUCUUUGACCUUACCGCUGUCGAUUGCAUCCGGGCUCUCAGUGGGCAAGGAAGGCCCCAGCGUCCAUUUUGCUGUAUGCACGGGGAAUGUUAUUUCCCGGUGGUUCGGCAAAUAUAAGCGGAAUGCGGCAAAGACACGGGAGAUCCUGACUGCCACAGCUGGUGCUGGAGUAGCAGUCGCAUUUGGCUCUCCUAUCGGGGGUGUUUUGUUUUCGUUGGAGGAAAUGGCUUCAUAUUUUCCCUUGAAAACACUUUGGAGGAGUUACUUUUGCGCCCUAGUAGCAACCGGAGUCCUUGCGGCAAUGAACCCCUUUCGAACAGGCCAGCUCGUAAUGUUCCAGGUGAAAUAUGAUCGGACGUGGCAUUCGUUUGAAUUAAUUUUCUUUGUUUUGCUAGGCGUCUUUGGCGGGUUAUAUGGCGUGUUUGUUAUGAAAUGGAACUUGAGAUCGCAGGCGUUCCGGAAGAAGUAUCUAUCACGACAUCCAAUUAUCGAAGCUACGGUGCUCGCCGGGGUCACUGCAUUGAUAUGCUACCCGAAUAUGUUCCUAAGGAUCAAUAUGACUGAGAUGAUGGAGAUCUUGUUUAGAGAGUGUGAAGGAGCACAUGAUUAUAAUGGAAUUUGCAACACUAAUAAUCGCUGGUCAAUGGUUAUCUCACUUGCUAUUGCUACAAUAGUUCGAGUCCUCCUGGUUAUCGUCUCAUAUGGAUGCAAGGUACCCGCUGGAAUCUUCGUUCCAUCGAUGGCCAUAGGAGCUUCCUUUGGUCGGAUGGUUGGCAUUCUUGUCCAAGCUUUAUAUGAAGCCUUUCCGGAUUCGAAGUUUUUUGCUGCUUGCGAACCUGAUGUGCCUUGUAUCACGCCUGGAACAUACGCAUUCCUUGGAGCAGGUGCUGCACUGAGUGGGAUCAUGCAUUUGACUGUAUCAGUCACAGUGAUCAUGUUUGAGCUCACCGGCGCCUUAACUUAUAUUCUCCCAACGAUGAUUGUGGUUGGCGUAACCAAGGCAGUCAGCGACAGUUUCGGGAAGGGCGGUAUUGCAGACCGCAUGAUCUGGUUCAACGGCUUCCCAUUCCUCGACAACAAAGAAGACCACAUCUUCAACGUCCCCGUCUCCCACGCCAUGACCAGCAAACCCGUCGUGCUUCCGGCAACCGAUUUCCCAGUAUCCAAAGCCGAGAAUCUUCUUCAGCAACACAAAUACCAGGGCUUCCCAAUCGUUGAAGACCUUACCAACAAAGUCGUUAUAGGCUUCAUCGGCAGAACAGAGCUUCAAUAUGCAAUCAAUCGCGCAAAACGGGAAGGUCUCCUUUCCCCCAACGCCAAAUGCCGCUUCACCAGCACCCCUUCCGCUUCUUCCCACCGCAACCGUAACACCGUUCAACCCACAAGCUCCCUGACUCUCCAAAUACCCUCCAACCGACAGACCUUCGGAUCCAACUCCUCCUCAUCCUCCCGAUCCGAAGACCACCCCUUCAAUUCCGAUCACAGCCCCGAUGACCGGCCCCCCUCCCGCACAUUCGACGACAUCGCCACCUCAGCGGGCAUACGCUCCAUAGAUUUUAGCCAGUACGUCGACCUGGCACCGUUAACAGUUCACCCACGCCUACCGCUAGAGACGGUUAUGGAGAUAUUUAAGAAGAUGGGGCCUCGGGUGAUCCUCGUGGAACAUCGUGGGCGUCUCUCCGGCCUCGUUACUGUUAAGGAUUGCUUGAAGUAUCAGUUUAAGGUUGAGGCGCAGGAGCAUACCGCGUCUGGUGUUGGUGUUGGGGACGAUGGACAUGGUCAUGGUCAUGGUAGUAAUAGUGGACUUGGUGAGGGGAUUGUUGAGCAGAAGGCUUGGGAGCUUAUUCAGUGGGCGACGGAGAAGGUGGCCUUUUGGAGGAGGAUGGGGUGGGGGAGGGGGAGGGGGAGGGGGGGUUUGUUGCGGCUGGGAUCCUCGCAAGAGGAGAGAGAUUGGAGACGGGGAAGUGGGCAUGAGGCGAAUGAGUGGGAUGGGGAAUUAUUGCAGUCGAGAACUUCGUCGGAUAUUGUGGAUGGGACAGAGGAGUUGGAGGGGUUUGUGGAGCUGGAGGAGAGAGGGAAUUAGGUAUCCGUGAUAUCGUAUGUAUGUAUGUAUGAAUGAAUGAAUGUACUAUAUAUGUACGUGUGAAAUUUUUUUGGACUAAUGGCGGGGAGUGGGGCUUUUCUUCUUUUCUCUUUUCAUGCUCUGUUGUAUUCAAUUGUUGCUAGGCAAGGCCCAUAUCUCGCGCAUUUAGAUAUUAGGCUCUGAAGAGGUUAGAAAUUGUGGGAAUGCUAGCCCUGAGUGAUAUAUAGACAUCUUAACAUAUUAUAUAAUAAUUUUCCAACGCACAUAUAUGGACUCGCAGUAGUCACGACCUCUAUUUAUUCUAUUUCCCUUCAGCACAAACCGACCGAACUACCAACUCCACAAACAAACCCAUCGCAUAGAGCAAAACCCGCCCACCAAUUCAUCAUCCACGCUUUAGUUAACUAACUCACCUCCCCCUCGUCCCCCCCUUCCCCCCCUUCCCUCAUCCCCACAACCACACACCCCCCCGCCAUCAACGCCGCACCCACCCACCACAACCCAUCCACCCUUUCCCCAAAAACCGCCAUCCCCAACAAUGCCGUAAGCAAGAAAUUCGCCGUCGUGUUCGUGAUGGCCACUUUUGUGCUCGACGCUGAGGCCGUCAGGGCCCGCGUGAACAUGGCCCACAUUACCCCGUUGGAGAGGAUGUUGAGGGCGAAGAAGAGCUAGUUAUGCUCAGGUUUAGUCUUUUCUUUUUCUUUCUUUUUAUGAUUUUGGUGUGGUGGGGCGGGGCAUGGGCAUCGUGGAUUUGAUGGACUUACGGCGCGGGUUAUAUAUUCCGCUAUCCUCGCUGAGGAGGGAGGGAGGUUGAGGAAGUGAGAGAGAGUCUGGGAAAUGGUGGCUGUGAGGUGGGUUGUAGUCCUGGGUGUCAUGGGGGGGGGGGGGAGUGGUUAGUUCUGUAGCUUCAACGUAUGCAAAAUAGAGAGAUAUAUGGUUUGAUGCCAAUUUCGGGAGAGAAUCAUUCCAUAAUAUUUAUUCUGAUCAUUCUACCUCCCC